CUCCGAUGGAUCCGUUGGAGGAACUCGGGUCUCGGAUCCGGAGCACCGUGGCGCCAUGGAGCUAGAGAUCGAUGCACGGCUACGAGACUCAGUUCGGCUUUGCUGCUGUGGCCUUGUGCUUGCUUCCGGGUGUCUUGGGCCAAGGGCAGACCGUGCCGUGCAUCGAUGACUGCCUCGCUGAAGCUUUGGCGAGUGUUCCGACCAAAGGAUGCGCAGCAGGCACCUACUGGCGACCCUAUCCAGAGAGCAGCCCGGUGGACUCCUGUCAGCCUUGUCCCUUGGGUGCGUACUGUCCGGGCAUCGCGUAUGGCAACUUCACAGAGCAUCCAGUGAAUCUCAACCGCCGGAUCCUUUGUCCGACUGGCACCUUCAGGAACAUCACAGGUGGAAGCACGCUGGAGGACUGUGAGCUGUGCCAUCCUGGUUACUUCAGUGGCUCCUUAGGGCUCACGGCCUGUGAGAACUGCCCGGCUGGACGGUAUUCAAUUACCUCUGGUUCCUCCAAGUUGGGCGACUGCUUGGAGUGCCCAGCAGGACACCAUUGCUCUGAAGCUUGUAGUCGACCGGUGCCUUGUCCUGCUGGUAGCUACGCUCCAUUGCCGGGCCUCGCGAAUGAAACGGAGUGUUUGAAUUGCACCCUGGGGCAUUGGUGCCAGAUUGGCGCGGUAGAGCCGCUGGGCUGCGCGGCCGGGACCUUUGGGAAUUCCACCCGUUUGCGGGGCAACGGCUCAGCGCCAGGCGCCUUUUUGCCCACACCUUGGACGGACAUCACGCCAAGUGGCCUCUAUGGUACGGACUGCCUCCCUUGCCCAGCCGCCGCCUUUUGUCCACAUGCCUCAGUACUGCCCACACAGUGCCCGGCCGGGACCUUCCAAAGCAACACACUGGCGGAAUCGGAGGCUGAGUGUGAGGAAUGCCCCGAGGGCUUCAGAUGCCGCAUGCCCCUGGUGGCCGACUUGGAACAAUCCAACGUGGCAAGACUUCCAGACGGGCAGCCUGUGGCUGGAACUGCAGUACCAGAAGUGUGUGAGGAAGAUGAGGUUGUGAUCCACCACUUCUAUCCCAACGUCACCGGCUGCGUGGAAAACUGCCCAUACCAAUUUCCGCGGCAGAGCUAUUGUCAUGUUGCUGGUGAUGGCCGUGUGCCAGACAGAACCAGCACCGCACUGAUGAUCGACACCUUGGUGGAGCAUCGUGGUGAGAAUCGGCCACUGCAGCUGCGGCAAGAUGCGCUCUCUAAUCUGAUACAGUUGCUGGACAACUUGACUUCAGAGGAGGCAGCUGACAGUUUGCUGAUGCUGGACCAGAAUGGACGUGCUAUUCUCCACAAGGCCGCCAUGUUCGAUGACGUGGAGCUCCUGGAGGUCCUUUGGCAGUAUGGCGGCGCGGGCACUGUCACACUCCAAGCAAGCAGAGACUCUGAUGGCUUUACAGCCGUCAUGCAGGCACUGCUGCUGGAGAACUCUGCCGCGGUGGCAUGGCUCAUCUCCAAAGGCUCCGGCCUCACAGACUCCGAUGCUCAAGUCCUGACCGCUCGCGGAGUGAACAUCACCUCGGUGCCGUCCAUCACGGAGCCCUCCGCACCGCGCUUGGGGCGUGGUAGCUUCGCGUGGACCGGGCCCAGCGGCGAGGACUUCGGAGGGCUACCCAAGGUGAGCCCGAUGCCCAAUACCACCACUUGGGUGUUUACCACCACGACGGCUCCAAACACCACACUGACGACCACCUGAUGCUUUUCACUCGGAGCCUUCACUGGCCUGAGAAGAAUACAAAAAUGGACAGGCCCCGGAUGGCUGCGGCAGCCCCGUUGAAAGGGGGCGACCAAGAGCCUUUCCGCGUUUAUGCUAUGGUUUCAUGCCAUCAUGGUUGAUCGCCAACAAUCUUUAAAGGGCGGCGAACAGAACAGAACUGUAAUAAAGUUUGCCCUGUGCGGUUAGUAGCUGCUUGAUGUUCGGCGUUGUUUUCUUGUUGGAGCUGACCGUCGUCCGUGUCCCACUCCAACUCGCGGUCUUUGCCCCGGAUGCUGCAAGU